CAACUCAACUUGUAAAACUAAAUAAUCUGACCUCAACCUUUUAGUGAGCUAAUUAUAACGUUACGUCAAAUUAAUGUAGCUUGAAUGUCGACAUUUUUUUUUUUGUUGCAAACGGUUGUAGGCAACCGUUACAACUAACGCAAGCUAACGUUAGCCUACAUUCCUCAACUUUAGUUACCGUUAAUUAAUCAAUAAGUCAACAUACGUGGUGCAUGUUUCUGUAGCUACACCAUGUAACAACGUUUCUCUUUUAAAAGCUAAGCAGAAACCCUUAUUUUUCUGACGUUCCCUUAAGCACUUCGGGAGUUUCAGUGGCAGGAAAAUGGAAUAAAAGGAUGGAUAUUCUAGGUCAAAAAAGAUGAAACACAAAGAUCAGCAUCCAUUCAACAAUGACAUAAAAAACGGGAAUGCAAAAGAAGCAGCAACAAAAGAAGCAGCAACCAACGAGGCAACUGACUUUAACCAUGGUGAAGUAAAUGCUUCAACUGGAAACCUCUCAAACACUGCCGACACUUGUCCAGGACAAGGCCCUACUCAACUUAUUACUUGUCAAAUGGAACCCAGUAAUGGUAAUGAAGCAAUGCUCACAAGGAUGCUUCAAGCUCCUGCAGUUGAUGCCCCUCAAAACAGAAAACAAAUAAUUCACAAGACUGUAAGCAGUUCACAGGAUGCUGAGCCAGUAAAGCAUAUCCCAAAUCUGGCCUCAGCUGUGAGAGUGACUGAACAACACACAUCUCCUGCACAACCUAAGGACAAAAAGACCUGUACUCCAAAACCAAUGCUCCAACGGGCUACACCUGCAAAACCAAGCACUGGACCAUACUGUGGUGGGAAAGUAACUGCAGGAAAAUUUGAUGCUCUGAGGUCAGACAUCUUACAGCAAUUUCAGGAUGUACCUGAAAAAGUAAGCCAGCAGCAGUCAAGACAUUCAGCACCAGUGCAGCAACAGAAAAAAACUACAGCACCAGUACAGCAACAGGAAAACAAAAAGGUGAUGUAUGGUCAUACUCAACCUGAGGAAUCUAGAAAUUUAAACCAGUCACAGCAGAGGCUUGCAGUAAAGGAAACCACAGAGGUACCACUACAGACAGUAAGGACUGUUGCACUGUGUGACCCGAGUAUGAGGGCUACUGCAGACUCAGUCCAAGAAGUAAACCGGGCACUCUGCAGCACUACCUCACGUCGGGUAGAAUGCAGUUUUGGAAGUAAAAAGCAACAAGAGAUGAACCCUCAACUUAUUGCCUCUGAAAUGCAAGCACCUCUGCAUACCUACAGAGCGGUGGUCAAAGAUGUAACUACAGAAAACCUACACAACAAAUCACAGAGUCAAAAAUUAAAUUGUGUGAACGAAGCAAGCAAUGACUUUACCUGCCAUGCAACAAACAAGGCGAACAGCAUUGCAGAGCGAAGCACAACAAUACCAGGCACUGCUGAAAUGCCUGUCGCCGAGCUUACAGAGCCACCAGACCAUGCAGCACAAAUGUUAAAUCAGUCAAUAGCUCACAUCAAGAAUGAGGAAAAUGUACAAUGCCUGAACCAAAACAGUGUCACCGACAUCGUAACAGUGGACUAUCAAUAUUGUUUGAGGGUCAAAUCAGAAAUAACCCGUGCUAACACUACAAAAAUGAGACUAAGACUGAAACUAGCAAAGAAAUUAAAGGCUCAGACAAGAGAGGACCAUAAGAGCUCCCAGCAAACAGCCGAUGACACUGUCACCACUGUGCAAGAGAGUUCACAGCAGCAAGGUUACGCUACCAUGGGAAAAACCAAAAUCAAGAAACGCAAUGAGCCACAACAAAUACCUCAACCCAACAAAGCUGACAGUAACACCAAUGGGAACACUUCAUCUCACACGCAAAAAGUCAAUGUAAAAGCACUAGCACCUGCCACACCAAAGGCCCCACUUGUUGAAAGGAAGCCUACAACUGCCCCAAACAAUGCUGCAACUCAUAAUCCAAGUGUCAAGUUGAGGCUCCAGCGUGAACUUAAGGUUUCCCUACCUUCAGAUACUGCUGUUAAACCUAAGAAACAAUGCACAUUCAAAGCAUUAAAUCAAAACCAACCUUAUAAUACAAGAAAUGACCCUAUGAAAGCAAACAGGAAUGGUCAGGUUAAAAAUGAAAUACUGGAGCAAGGCAUCACACCUGCAGUGCCUCCUGUACACAAAGUCCACACUGAGGGCCGAUGGUACCCGUUUACAGUGAAUCGGGUCUGUCCCCAUAAGGUUGACUGCCUGCAUAACCCAGGGACAGAUUUUCCACAAAACAUCCGAAAGUGAUCUGACGAAUGCCCAAACUACCUGUAUGGGCCUCCUUGGGUCACCAAAGAAAGAUUUGCAGUUUGUUUAGCAAUGACAAGACACAAAAGGAAGGACAUUCUCACCAAUGAGAGAAGACACUUAAGAUAUGUUACAUUAAUCACCCACAUUUUUUAAUUUGUAAAAAUACGUUAUAGAGUUGUAGUGUAAAAAAAAAAAAAAUGAAACUCAAUCAUUCAAAAAGUUUAUUUUCUGAAUCCUUUAUUGCAGACAAAGAUUUGCAUUGUAAGAUCAACUGGAUUACAAACCAUCUAGGGAGGAAGAGGUAUUACCAUUUAGAAAACACUCACAAACUUCAAUGGCAUUUCUGUCAGUUGCUAGGAUACAAGGCAAGGGCAAUACAUUUCUGUGAGCUCUACUAAGGAGAAAAUCAACUUUGUAUACAAAGGGGGGUAGGUUAAGUUGUGUUUAUAGUGGUGGUGACUGUGAUUAACUUUCUUGUAGUUGUAAAAGAGCUGAGACCCACAGGUAAUGUAGCAGCUGGACUUAUUUUGGUCACCAGCUGGACCCAUAAAAAGUUCAACUUUUCAACCAGAUGGCAUCCUGGAUAAAAUUAACAUUUAAAUCUUUGUAUGCAAAUAAAAGGUAGAUGUGUAGAAAUAGCUGAAUCCGCUAGUCACCUGUCAUACUUUUACUUUUGUUCCCCAUCUUUUAACAUGAAAGCAAACUGCCAGACAGGAAGACCUGCAGACAGGUUUAAUAAUACAGGAAAAAUAAUGGUUGGUGGAUUAUUGAGGUAUGGGCAACAAAUCAACCACUCUGGCAAUCAAUAAAGUCAUAUUCCUCAGGGAAAUUGCAUUUGA